UCCCUCCCCAUCUCCCCUCCCCUCUCUCUUGUUCCCUCCCCCUCCAGUGGAGAUGGAUGAUGAGGACGGGCGAUGUUUGCUAGACGUGAUUUGUGACCCUCAGGCCCUCAACGAUUUUUUACAUGGAUCAGAAAAAAUUGACAGCGAUGACCUUUUGGAUAACACGGGGGAAGCCACAAGUGCCUUCUUUGAAGGGGCUGGGCUCCACGUUCAAGAAGCGCCAGGCAACCACUUGAACCCGGAGCCCAGCCAGCCUGCGACUAGCGUGGACCUGGACUUCCUGGAGGAUGACAUCCUGGGUUCUCCGUCCGCCGGGGAAGCCGCACGGGGCGGGCCCGAGCAGCCGUGCGACAUCCUUCAGGAAACCCAGGAGGCCAACAUCCGGAGCAGGCGGCUGGAAACCCGGGCCCGGCGGACCUGGGCCCCUUCGCUCCCCCCCCGGCAGGGGGCCGGUGGUGGGGCGGCGGGGGCCGGGGCCUCGGCUGCUGGGCCCAGGCUCUUUCCCGGUGGGGACCUCCUGGGCCUGCGCCGCCCGGCCCGUCCCUGCGCCCAGGCCCCUAUGCAGCCCCCGGCUGGUGACGUGAACAAGGCCCUCAGCGUCCAGCCUUUCCUGCAGCCCGUUGGCCUGGGCAAUGUGACCCUGCAGCCCAUCCCCGGCCUUCAGGGGCUUGGCCCGCACCCGGGCGCCCAAACCGCCCCGGGCCCGCCCAUCCAGGUGGUGGGGCAGUCCGUCGGCCCUAACCGCGGCCCCAACCCGCCGCAAGUACCGGUGGGGGCUACCAACAGCGGCGCGAACCCCGGGCCGUGGCUGGCCUCCGCCCGAAACCCCCGGAAACUGGCCUAUCAUCAGAAGAACCUCUCGGCCGCCGUAGCCACCACCCUCAAUGGGCUGGUGUUCCGGGGUGGGGUUCAGGGCAGAACGGGAAGACCCCAGGCCCGGGGCCCCGCUGGGUCCUCGGGCCUUGGAGCCUCCUCCCUGGUGCCGGCGCCCAUGAUCCCCACCGCCGCCCACCCAUCAACCCAAGCCCGGCUCCCCGCUCUGCCGCUCACCCCACCUUUGGCACCGCCCGUGCCCCUGACCAUCCAGGCGGCGGCCACCCGCAGCCCCAAGGCCCCUCAACCCCCUUUUGGCGCGGGCAAAGCGGGCCAGCCCGGCUGUCUGGCUUCCCGCCCCUGCCCAAUUCCCGCCCCCAGCCUCGGUGGGCGCCGCCCGUACCCGGCGCCCCCCAGUGCCCCGAAGCCUGGCGUCCACCUCCUCAACCAGGGCAGCAGCAUCGUGAUCCCUGCCCAGCACAUGCUCCAGGGCCAGAACCAGUUCCUCCUGCCCGGGGCCCCCGCCGUCCAGCUGCCGCAGCCCAUCUCGGCCCUCCCCGCCAACGUGGGCGGGCAGAUCCUGGCCGCGGCCGCUGCCGCCCCCCACGCCGGGGGCCAGCUCAUCGCCAAUCCCAUCCUCACCAACCAGAACCUGGCGGGGCCGCUGAGCCUGGGCUCCGUGCUGGCGCCCCACGCAGGUGGCCAUGGGGCGGCCCACAUCCUCUCUGCUGCGCCCAUCCAGGUGGGCCAGCCCACCCUCUUCCAGAUGCCCGUGAGCCUGGCGGCCAGCAGCCUGCCCACCCAGAGCCAGCCGGCGCCUGCCAGCCCUUCCACCGCCACCGUCCCUGCAGGGGUCACUGCCCCCAGCGCCCGUGGCCAUGCUCCAUGGCCGGGGCUGGGCGCAGCCGCAGCGGCGGCAUGGCCCGGCCCGUCCUCGCCCGGCCCCAGGCCCCUCCCGCCCGCCCGGUGCCUCAGCGGCCCGCUGCCGCUGGGCCUCCCGCAGCAGCCGCCGCCCCCAGCCCCCCAGGCCCCAGCCCCCACGCAGCCCACGACACCCCAGCCCAGCCCCAGCCUGGCCUCCAGCCCCGAGAAGAUCGUCCUGGGACAGCCGGCCACCACCACGGCCGUCAUCACUCAGGAGUCCAUGCAGAUGUUCCUGCCCCAGAAGGAGAGGAGCCAGCAGCCCCCAUACCUCCCGCUGCCCAUGGAGGGCGCCCACCUCUCCCUGCCUCUGCCCGCCUACAGCGUCGCUGUCUCAGCCCCCAGCACCUCGAGCAGCGCACCCGCCUCUGUCAUAGUCAGCAGCGGCGCGGGCCAGCCGCAGGCCCGCGACCCCGCUCCGGGCACCCCCGACACCAAAGGAGCCGGCCUCAUACCUCAGUUCCCCACCAGCCAGACUCCCCCGGCCCUGACCCCCCAGGUAGAGCCCAGCCCCCGUCUCCCGGCAAAGCCCGCUGGGGGCCACUCCUUCCCCUGUCGCUUCACCUCUUGUCCCUCGCUGCUUCCCCCUCUGUCGCUUGCUGGGGAGGGAGAUGCUUGUCGUUUAAUCGGCGCGCAUUUACUGAGUGCCUACUGUGCGCUCGGCUCUGUGCUAACACUUGGCGUGAAGGGAGAAAGUGGGGGCCUGAUAGUGACAGUCAGCGUAUGUUAUGGGGAGAGCAGCGUGCCGUCCCUGCAGGAGCUGCCUGAGGAGCGGGAAGGACCUGGGUGGGAAUUCUGCCCCCGAGAGGCCGGGCUGGUGCACGCCCACAUCAUCAGCUACCUGAAGAAGGAGAUGCCCUCCGUGUUCGGGAAGGAGAACAAAAAGAAGCAGCUCAUCGCCAAGCUGCCCGUCAUCUUCGCCAAGAUCCAGCUGGAGCAUCAGAUCUCCCCCGGGGACUUCCCCGACUGUGAGCAGAUGCAGAGGCCUUCUCUGACCCACCGGCUCCGGGCAGCCAGUGAUGCAGGUUCCGUCCCCCAGAGCCAAGCCAAACAGGCCGCCUCCCGCGCCCUGGCCUGGGGCACAGGCUCCAGGGGUCUGUCUUGGCCGGCCCCCCCUCGGGUCCUUGAGGCCAGCCCCAGGUGGAUUCAGGCCCGUGAGCUUGAUGUCACCUCGAUCAUGGACCAGCAGGCCCUCUGUCCCUCUAAGUCUGAUAAAAUGUUGUGGGUCAAGUCCAAAUCCCUGGAAUACCCCCCAGAAGCCCCAGAUACAGCAUCUCCGGCUCUCUUGGUGGUCUCCCCCAACGCCCCGUCGGUCACUGGGCCUCGCCCAGCUUCCCGCUGGACCCUUGGCAUCGGCCUCCCCUCGGUCCAGGGGCCUGGCGGCCCAUUCCUCUGUCCGUCACCCAGCAGGGGAGGGCUUGCUUCCCCAGGUCCCUUCCCCUCCCCACGUUUCCUCUCUAGCCAGGCAGGUGGUUCCGCCUUGGCCUUCACAGAGCUGGAGUUCUCAUUAAGGGCAGAGAUUCAAGGGAAUUCAGCAGAGGAAGGGCAGGGGGGGCAGCCGCCGACCCCCCAUCCAGUUCCCUACGGUCCCAGCUGGGCCCUGGCCUCCCUGCUGUUCCGGCCUCCUCCGGAACCUCUCCUCAUUCCCAUCCUCCCCAGCGUUCACGGGCCCUGGCCAGUGCGCUUCCCCAGUCUGAUCGCCGCCUUGGCCUCCCUCCAGUUGUCACACUCAGACCCCCCUGGACAGACAGGGGGUUGUGGUGACCUGGGGCCAGUGCUUCUUGGGUCCAGUUGUAUGGGGUUUUCAGAUCUCUCUUUCUGGGCACCUCCCCGCCGGCACCAGGGCUCCGUGCUGCAUCCCGAUUACAAAGGGGUGGCCUUCCCUCCCUUUGAGGAGCGCCUAGCCGCCUGCUGCCCUACCCGUCCAGGGCCCUGCCCUCCCGCCCGCGACCAUCGGGCUCCCCAGCCUUCUGUCUCCUGGGGCCAGACCUCCUGGGCCGUUGGCCAGGCGGCCUCCUCCGGGCCUCGGGCCUCCCUCCGACACCAUGUGCAGGGGUGGCGGCCCUCUGGAGCUGGCGUCAGCGGGGCGGGAGGUCGGGGGCUCCCUGAGGCCGGCUCUGACCGUUGCUCCUUGUCUCCCCAGAGGGUGAGUCCUUCUGCAGAGAUGGUCAUGAUCGACCGCAUGUUCAUCCAAGAAGAGAAAACCACGCUGGCCCUGGACAAGCAGCUGGCCAAGGAAAAGCCUGAUGAGUACGUGUCUUCCUCCAGGCCCCACGGCCUCCCCGGCCUGGGCUCAGAGAGCCAGAGUUCCCAUCGGCUCUCCUGCGCCCCAGCGCACCCCCCGCUCUCUUCUUCCUCCUCGGGGGCCUCGGCCCAGCUGCCCCCGCACCCGCCCACCAAGCUGGUCAUCCGGCACGGCGGGGCGGGCGGCUCUCCCUCGGUGACCUGGGCCCGGGCCUCCUCCUCCUCGUCCUCAUCCUCCUCCUCCUCGGCGGCCUCCUCACUGGAUGCCCGUGGGGACCCUCCCUGCCCGUCCAGCCGCCCGCCCUGGCUCAAGACCUCAGAACUUAGGGUGGGAUGAAGCCUCAAACUGAAAAUAAAGCAGGAGGCCGGACUCAGCAAGGUGGUCCACAACACCUUGGACCCCGUCCACCACCCCUCUCCGGGGUUAGGGGCGCGGGCUCCCGCCCUUUUGACGGCCUCCUCGGGCCAGAUGAAUGGGACAGUGGAGCACCCCCCUGCACCCACGGGCUGGCCCCCCACUUCCCUCGGUGCCCCCCGACUGCCCCUCAAGACCUACCGGCGAGGCGGUGCCAGCGGCUGCCGGGACGGGGCCCCUUGGCGGCACGGGGGGGGGCCCGGCCCGGCACCCCUAGUCCAAACGGGCGGCGCUUGGCCCGGCCUCAUCGGGGAAGACUGGCGAGGGCCGGUCCUCCCGGGACGCCAGCGCCCAGCUUCUCGGCGCAGCCCACCGGGACUCCUGCAGCGGGCAUCACAGGCGCCGCCGACCUCCCCUCAGCCUCGCUUGGCUGGCCCCCUCAGCCCUCGGGCCGGACUGCGGCGGCCCCAUUUUACCCGGCCGCCCGCGCACCGCGCCUCCCCACCCUGCACGGCCAGCCGUUACACCAGGCCCCAGCAGCAGGGGGCCCUGGGGUGGGCCCUGGGGCCCGUUCAGGGGGCGGGGAGAGGAGGGGACGCCGAUUACUGCCACUGUGUGUACGUCCGUGUGUCUGUGAGAGCGAGCGAGAAAGAGCAGGGAGAGAACCUUCGGGACCACGCAGUCCAAAGAGAGGGAAGCGGAUUUAUCACGGGCCUACUGCGCGCCGGCACUGGGCUAAGUGCUUUACACCCCGAGCGGAUCGAGAGCCGGGCGCCCCUGCUCGCCAGAUUCCUCGCACCACCGUGCCUCCCAGGGCGGCUCUUCGUGCUGGGGCGGCUGCCCGCCCCCGGGGAGCUCCGCGUGUGUGUCCGUGCGUGUGCGUGCGUGUUUGUGCGUGUGUGA